CCCGGCCGGAGCACUAUAGAUGUUGCACGGGAGCGAUGGAAAGAUGGCAGCGGCCAUCGUACAAAUGUCUUGUUUGUACCGGGGGAUGUUAGCGGUCAGGGCCACCGGCAUCAGGCCGCUGAUCCCCGGGCUGGUCCCGGUGCAGUUCCGAGCCUUCUCAGUGCGGAAGGAGCCGCAGCUGGAGGAGAACCCGUUCUUCAGCAAGUACCAGGACAAGAUCCAGAAGCUUCGCAGCGCCAAACCAAAGGAGUACAAGGACAGAGUGGAGACUCGUCAUGAGGCCAAGAAGGAAGUGCUGGGAUACUCGACGAAGUUCAUGAGGCUCAUGGAGCAGGAGUUGGAGAAAAAGGACGAGAUAGCUGCUGCCGAUGGAGCAUCAGGAGGUUUCACAAAGGACAAGACGCUGGGCUCCAUCAUCAACCUGGAGAGGAUCGGAGAAAUGACGGGCGAGGAGGUUGCAGAGCUUUGGAUGACAUAUUAUUCGUCCAAGGACACAGUCAGCGCCGUGAUCCCGACGCAGAUGUUCAAUAUGAUUUUGAGCAGAUCAAAGUCUUCCCCGAUGUUCCUCUACGCUUUGCCUCAGAGGGAGGGAUACGAGUUCUUCUUGGGUCAGUGGUCCGGCCACGAGCUCCACUUCACCUCCCUCAUCAACGUCCAGACGAUGGGCGAGAACGCUCCCAGUCAGCUGAUUCUCUACCACUACCCCGACCUGAAGGAGGAGAAGGGCGUGGUCCUCAUGACGGCCGAGCUGGACCCCAAAUUCAUAACCGUCCACCAGGCUCAGUGUUUGGCCAAUCAGGUGCAGCUGUUCUACGGCACGCAGAAGCAGGAGACGUACCAAAUGGUCGAGACAUUUAACCACCAACCCGCAGCCUUCAAACACAUGUCGGUGAUAGCGGAGCUGGAACAGAGUGGCUUCGGGGCAGCGACAGCCCCCGCAGGGAGACGAGAGGUGGACUGAAGUCCACCUCGCCUGCAGCCGGAUUCCCAGGAACUGUUGGUGUUCAUUUAAAGUCGCAGAGAGAAAUGUGCUUCUACGCUCAGCACUCUCCAUGAAGAUGCAUCUAUUCCCUAUACUGUACAUGAAGUAUUCUACAUCAUUUAAAGGAGAAGCUUCUCAUGAAGUCUGUCGGGGUCAUUUAACCUGCUACACAUCUUUUCAUUGUGCAUACAAUUGUAAGUAAACACAAUAAUGUUGUAUUGAUCAGUUCUAUGAUAAAUAAAUCCCACUGUAUCCCACGCUCCAUAUUAGACUGGACCAGUAGCUAUCCCUAAAAAAAUAAAACAUGGUUAUAUAAAAUGGA